AUGGGCGACGCGAGGACGGUGUACAUCGCCGGCAAGGUGGCUGAAUGUUUCGACAUCAGCAAGGACGACGCGACGCGCGGGAUGAGCUGGUACCACGACCAGAUCUUGGCUUUCUACAAGCCCGAUGGCCCGCCCAAGCUCCUGUUCUACUAUCAGAUUCCCGAGGAGAAAAACAUCGACGGCGAUUUCAUCCCGAAGGCGGGAGAGCCGCCCAAGCUCAUCGUCACCGACGGCGACGUGGAGACGCUGCGGGACAAGGCCUUGUACCUGGUUCGGACCAACCCCAAGGGCGUGAGCGAUAAGAGCCCGGAGAACGACAUAUACAGCGGCGAGAUCCGGGGAAGCGUCCUGGACACUCUCGCCAGCCUAGUCGCCAAUCUCUACGCUCCGGUGCUCAAGGCUCAGAAGGAGUGGGGUAAGACCACGAGGGAGAGCGCGUACGACUGCGUCAUCGGCGUCCAGAGAUUUGGGGACACCCUAACCAGCGCCGCGCACUCGCUGCAGGGCGGCGUCGAGCUCAUCGGACCCGACCAAAAGUACGUCGACUCGAUCGACCUCAAGCCGCAGGCUUUCUCGGACGCCGCGGCGGACCAGGAGACGGCUAGGCACUUCGAGGAGAUCUUGACGGACUGGUGCGAUAAGACGGAAGCGCUGCUGGACGCCUCCGAGGAUGCCUACGCGAUGAGCGCGAAGGAAGACGCCGGUCCGGACACGGAGGUUGAGUACUGGCGCGGGCGAAUGGCCAAGUUCAACUCGAUCACCGAGCAGCUCAAGGGGAAGGAGUGCCGUCUGGUGCUCGGCGUGUCCAUGGCGGGCAGAUCGCAGGCGCACAAGCGAUGGAAGGCUGUGGAUAUGCGGGUCACGGACGCUUCCAACGAGUCCAAGGAUAACGUCAAGUAUUUGACCACCCUCGAGAACUCGAUGACGCCGCUGUACGAGGGCGACCCGAGGCAGAUCCUGGACGGGAUCCCGGGCCUGAUGAACAACGUGAAGAUGAUGCACACGAUCGCGCGGUACUACAGCACCAGCGAGCGCAUGACGACGCUGUUCAAGAAGAUAUCCAACCAGAUGAUUGUGAACAUGCGCGAGUACAUCACCGCGCCGGGCAAUCUAUGGACGCAGGAUCGAGAGGAGAUGCUGGGACGUCUGGAGCUCUGCAACAAGGUGAAGGUUCGGUACUUCGAGGAGUACAUGGUGACGAAGGAUAGGCUGGAACAGAACCCGAAGGGACGGCAGUUCGACUUCGACGAGGAUCAGAUAUUUGCAAAGAUCAACCUCUUCGGCAAGCGCGUCAGCAAGCUCCUCGACAUGUUCACCACCAUCAAGCAGUUCACCACGCUGAACGAGAAGAACAGCAUCGACGGUCUCGUCGGCCCGAUCAAGGCUUUCUUCAAGGUUGUCGAAGAGUUCAAGCGAAAGCCGUACGACCUGAUGGAUUUCGCGAAGAAUCAGUUUGAUCGCGACUACCUUGAGUUUAACGUUUCCGUGCACGAGCUUGAGACGAAGCUGCAGGAUUUCGUGAACGCCAGCUUCAGAGAGAUCACCUCCACGGAGCAGGCGCUCAACCUGUUGAGACAGUUCCAGAGCAUCCUUCAGAGGGACUCGCUGCGUCAGGAUUUGGAGGAUAAGUGGAUGGUAAUCUUCCAGAACUAUUCGCUGGAUCUGGACGCGGUGCAGAAGAUUUAUGAGAAGCACAAGCACGGACCGGCGCUUCCCCGCAACGCGCCACCUGUCGCGGGCGACAUCAUGUGGGCCAGGCAGCUGCUCCGAAGGAUCGAGGAGCCCAUGCGCAAGUUCGCGACGAACGAAGCCAUCAUGCGAAGCAAGGAGAGCAAACGCGUGGUGAAGACCUACAACACGGUUGCAAAGGCGCUCGUCGCGUUUGAGACGUUGUGGCUGCAGGCGUGGACCAAGAGCAUCGAGACCUCCAAGGCUGGCCUGCAGGCGACGCUCAUCGUCCGUCACCCGGAGACUGGUAACCUCCUCGUAAACUUCGACCGCGAAAUAUCGCAGCUCAUGCGCGAGGCCAAGUACCUGCAGCGGAUGGGCAUCGAGGUUCCCGAGUCGGCCAAGAUGGUGCUGCUCCAGGAGGAAAAGUUCAAGCGGUACUACAACCAGCUGUCGCACGCGCUCAAGGAGUACGACCGCGUGAUGUCCGCCAUCAUGCCCGUCGCCAAGCCCCUGCUCGGGCCGCACCUCGACGAUCUCGAGAAGAAGCUCGCGCCGGGCAUGUACAUCCUCACCUGGACCUCCAUGAACAUCGACGGAUACCUCAUGCACGUGCACAAGUCUCUGGGCCGGCUGGAGGAACUCAUCGGCAAGAUGAACGACGCCAUCGAUAAUCGCAUCGAGGCCAACCUCAAGCUGGUGGCCAAGACCAAAUUCGUGGACCUCCCGGACGACCAGAGUUUCACCGUGGAGGAGUUCCAAACCACGCAGGCGCGGUUCAUCAAGCAGCAGACGGAUGAGCUGGUGGUUAAGAACGUGGAGAUUGAACGCGGCGUCCACGACCUGUGCGAGAUGAUGCGCGAUUACCCUCGGGAUAACCCAGAGGUUGAGCUGGAGGACGUCGCCGUCGACGAGUUCACGCACCACUACGCCAAGCUGAUGUACCAGGCGAUUCUCACCGCGACAAAGCGCGGGUUUGGCGACAUGAAGAAGCGCCUCGGGUCGCGAUCUUCCGGCGGGUUUCUGUUCGUGGAGAGGCCGUUCUUCGACGUCGACGUGGAGCUCACCGUACCUACGGUGACGAUGAAUCCGCCGCUCGACGCCAUCCAGGCGGCGGUCAACAGCGUGGCCAAGAAGAUCCUCAAGGUGAGCGAGUCACUGCACAUGUGGGGGCAGGGCACUGCACACGGCGAGCUCGACGUGUCCAAGAUGAGCCGGCGCCAAUCCACGGGUUUCAUCGUCCCCAACGAGAACUACUUCAAGUGGAUCGCCGCGGACAAGGAGAUCGUCAAGUCGGUCCUGCUCCUCACGGGUUCAAUGGAGGGCACCAAGGCGCAGGUCAUGGAGUACAUCGAGACGUUCACGCGGUUCGACUUCCUCUACAUGGACGAUCUUCAGGCCGCGUACACCGCCUUCAUGAACACCAAUCCGAGCCUGGAAGCGUUCGAGAACGAGCUCAAGAAGUACAUGGACAUCGAGAAACAGAUCCAGGCCAUCGCGCCCGUGCACAACAUCGGAGCCAUGUCCCUGGAGACUCAGCCGCUCAAGAACUCGCUCAAGGCGGAGGCUGCCGCGUGGAAGUCGCAGUUCGCAAAGAACAUGCACUCGCAGGGUAAGGAACAGCUCGAGGUGUUGCACGAGUACAUGCACGCGACUACCUUGAAGCUGAACCGCAAGGCGGAGGAUUUGGAGGACGUCAGGGUCACGAUGGGUGUGCUGAAGGAGAUUCGCGAGAAGGAGUCUGAGCUGGACACGAUCAUGACCCCGAUCGAGGAGAUCUACGCCCUCCUCGCCAGGUACGAGGUGCGCGUGCCCAAGGAGGAGACCGAGACAGUCUCCGAGCUGCGGUACGGCUGGGAUAAGAUGAAGAAGCUCGCAGAGUCCGUCGCCGAGAACCUGUCGAGGCUGCAGGUUGGGUUCAAGCGAGAGCUCAUCAAGGAGGUCAAGGUGUUUGUCGUCGACGCCGCGGAGUUUGGUAAGGAUUGGGACGCCAACGGUCCGUCCGUCCCCGGGCUCGACCCCAUGGAGGCGGUGCAGCGACUUAAGAAGUUCCAGACCACUUUCGCGGUGCGCAAGCGAAAGUGGGAUAACUACCGAAGCGGCGAGGAGCUCUUCGGGCUCCACAUCACGCCGUAUCCCGAGCUGGAGAAGAUUGAGAAGGAGAUUGACAUGCUCGAUAAGCUGUACUCGCUGUACUCCGAGGUCAACGCGACGAUGGACGACUACGCCGACGUGUUGUGGUCGGACGUCAAGGACCAGAUCGACGGGAUGGAGGAGAAGAUGAAGAUCUUCCAGUACAACAGCAAGCACCUGCCAAAGUCGCUGAAAGAUUGGCCCGCGUUCAACGACUGCAAGAAAAAGAUCGACGAGUUCCUCGAGGGCACCCUCCCUCUGGUGCGCCUUCUGUGCAGCAAGGACAUGCGGCCGAGGCACUGGACGCAGCUCCAGGAGCUCUUUGAGACCACAUUUGACCUUGGCGAGGAUGUGUUCAAGUUUGGCACGCUCAUCGACCUGAGGAUGUUCAAGAUGGCGGAGGAGGUCGAGGACCUUGCGGGCGGCGCCGUGAAGGAGGCCCAGAUCGAGCAGAAGCUGGAGCAGGUGGACGAGGACUGGUCCGAGCAGAUCUUCGAGUUUACAAAGUACAAGCACAAGGGCGACGUGAUCCUACAGAUGUCCACCACCGGCGAGCUCAUCGAGAAGCUGGAGGAUGCGCAGAUGCAACUCGGUUCCAUGGCCACCAACAGGUACUCGGCACCCUUCAAGUCCAAGGUGAACGACUGGAUCACCAAGCUGUCCACCGUGUCCGAGAUUGUCGAGAUGUGGCUCAUUGUCCAGAACAUGUACGUCUACAUGGAGGCUGUGUUCAGCGGCGGCGACAUCGUCAAGCAGCUCCCCGCCGAGGCUAAGAGGUUCAACAACAUCGACAAGCAGUUCAUGCGCGUCGUCGGCAACGCAGGCGACAUUAAGAAUGUCGUUGAGGUCUGCUACGAGAACGACCAGAUGCAGCAGACCCUCCCCUACCUCACCGAGCAGCUCGAGCUGUGCCAGAAGAGCCUCACCGCGUUCCUGGACACUAAGCGCGCGCAGUUCCCCCGCUUCUACUUCGUCUCUGAUCCGACGCUCCUCGAGAUUCUGUCGCUCGGCUCAGAUCCUCCGUCGGUGACGCCGCACUUCCAGUCCGGUCUCUUCGACUCCCUCACAGAGGUGACCUUCGACAGACAGGACAAGACCAAGAUGCUCGAGAUGUUCUCGCAGCAGAAGGAGUGCGUUAAGUUUGUGAAGGAGAACGACGGCGUCCUCGAUCCCAACCCGGUCAUGGCCGUGGGCAACAUCGAGUCCUGGCUGCAGGCGCUGGUGGAGGGCAUGCAGGAGUCCAUUCGGUCCAUCAUCAAGAUGGCCAAUGAGGCGGUAUUCGAGAAGGAGCUCGAGGAGUUCAUCUUUGGAUUCCCCGCACAGAUCGCGCUUCUGGGUAUCCAAUUCCUAUGGACCAACGACAUGCAGACGGCACUCACCGGCGCAAAGAAGGACAAGACCAUGAUGGUCAAGGCUUUCAAGAAGCAGGAGACACUUCUGAAGGAGAUGAUCGUGAUCACGACACGGCCGGAUCUUGAUAAGAACGACAGGAAGAAUCUCGAGACGGUCAUCACCGUGCACGUGCACCAGAGAGAUACCUCCGAGGAGCUCCUCAAGAAGCGAGUGAAGGAUCCCGCGGAUUUUGAGUGGAUGAAGCAGUGCCGGUUCUACUGGCGCAACGAGCUUAACACGGUGAUCAUCUCCAUCUGCGACGUCGACUUCGAGUAUUCGUAUGAGUAUCUCGGCGUGAAGGAGCGCCUCGUGAUCACGCCCCUGACGGACAUCUGCUACGUGACUCUGUCUCAGGCGCUCGGCAUGUUCCUCGGCGGCGCGCCCGCGGGACCCGCGGGUACGGGCAAGACGGAGACCACCAAGGAUCUCGGUAACACCCUCGGCAAGUUUGUUGUCGUGUUCAACUGCUCCGACCAGAUGGACUACAAGGGCAUGGGUAAGAUCUACCGCGGUCUCGCGCAGUCCGGUCUGUGGGGAUGCUUCGACGAGUUCAACCGCAUCAACCUCGACGUGCUCUCAGUGUGCGCGCAGCAGGUUUACUGCGUCCUUCAGGCUAUCCGCGAGCGCAAGAAGGAGUUUGUCUUCACGGACGGCGCCGUGGUGUCGCUGGAUCCGCGCGUGGGUUUCUUCAUCACGAUGAACCCCGGUUACGCCGGUCGUCAGGAGCUGCCGGAGAACCUGAAGGCUCUCUUCCGCGGCGUCACGAUGAUGGUGCCCAACCGCCAGAUCAUCAAGAAGGUGAAGCUGGCGGCGUGUGGCUACCAGGAGAACGAAUUCCUCGCCAAGAAGUUCUUCGUCCUCUACGGUCUCUGCGAGCAGCAGCUGUCCAAGCAGGCGCACUACGAUUUCGGUCUGCGCAACAUCCUCUCUGUGUUGCGCACCAUGGGCGCCUCCAAGCGCGCAAACCCGAACAAAUCUGAGGUGUACCUGGCGAUGCGAACCCUUCGCGACAUGAACAUGUCCAAGUUUGUCGCCGAGGACGUGCCACUCUUCUUGUCGCUCAUCGACGACAUCUUCCCCGGGACCAAGGCGGACAAGGCUGUUUUCCCCGACAUCGAGGCUGCGAUGGCCAAGGUUGCCACCGAGAAGGGCCUCCAGCUCCACCCGACGUGGCUCGCCAAGUGCGUCCAGCUGUACGAGACCUACCUGGUGCGUCACGGUAUCAUGCUCGUGGGACCCACCGGCGGUGGUAAGACAGCCAUCUGUGAGACGCUCGCGGGUGCGCUCACUGAGGUUGGCAACAAGCACGUGGUGUGGAAGAUGAACCCCAAGGCGAUCACCGCGCCGCAGAUGUUCGGCCGCCUCGACGCCGCCACGGGCGACUGGACCGAGGGUGUCUUUGCCGUACUCUGGCGCCGCGCCGCUAAGGAGAAGAAGAACAACACGUGGAUCGUGCUAGACGGACCCGUCGACGCCAUCUGGAUCGAGAACCUCAACACCGUGCUCGACGACAACAAGGUUCUCACCCUCGCCAACGGCGAUCGCGUGCAGAUGAGCGGUAUGAUGAAGGCGAUGUUCGAGCCCGAAAACCUCAACAACGCGUCUCCCGCGACCGUCUCCCGAGCGGGUAUCAUCUACGUCUCGGAGACUGAGCUCGGCUGGAAGCCGCUCGUGGCCUCCUGGCUCGACAAGCGCCGCAAGCAGGAAUCCGCGCUGCUCAAGCCCAUGUUCGAGAAGUACAUCGAUCCCAUCAUCCACUUCAUCACGCUUGAGUGCAAGCCCAUCAUGGGAGGCAUCCCCUGGGAGCACGUCUCUAGGGAUUUUUGCUCCGUCGGAUCGCUGCUCACCAUGCUUCAGGCGUGCCUCAAGCCCACUAGCGAGGGCGACAAGCCCGAGACGCUCAGCGAGGGGCACUACGAGCGCCUCUUCAUCUAUUGCGUCUGCUGGUCGUUGGGCGCCAUGCUUCCCGCCGAUGACCGUCCCAAGUUUAACGCCAAACUCUGCGAGCUCGCCAAGGGCAACGUGCCCGACAUGGAGCCCGGCGACACUCUGUUCGAGUAUUACGUCAACGAGGACAACACUGAAUGGGCGCCGUGGGUGGACCGUGUGCCGACGUGGGAGUACCCCAAGUUGGAGGAGCGGCCCAAGUUUGCCUCGCUCGUGAUCCCAACCCUGGACUCGGUCCGGUUGGAGUACGCGUUGAACCUGGUGAGCAGCGUCGACGGCAGCUCGCUGUUCGUGGGCGGCCCCGGUACGGCCAAGACCACCACGAUCAAGUCGUUCAUCAACUCCUUCGACCCCGACAAGAUGCUCAACAAACCCAUCACCUUUUCGUCGCUCACCACCCCCGGGGUGUUUCAAACCGCCGUGGAGGGCGCGGUGGAGAAGAGGCAGGGACGCACGUUCGGUCCCCCGACGGGCAAGAAGCUCAUCGUGUUCGUCGAUGAUAUCUCCAUGCCGCAGAUGAACGACUGGGGCGACCAGGUGACCAACGAGAUUGUCCGCCAGCUCCUCGAGCAGGGCGGCAUGUACUCGCUCGAUAAACCCAUCGGAGACAUGAAGAUGAUCGUGGACGUUCAGUACCUCGCGGCGAUGAACACGCCGGGCGGGGGCAAAAACGACAUUCCGAACCGCCUCAAGAGGCACUUCUGCAUCUUCAACGUGCCCCUCCCGUCCGUCGCGGCCAUCAACAACAUCUUUGGCCAGCUCGUCUCCGGCCGGUUUGCGGCGGAUGUCUUCUCCGCAAACGUCGUCGCAGCCGCGGAGAAGCUGGUGCCCAUAACCAUCGACCUGUGGAACAAGGUGCAGACCAAGAUGCUCCCGACGCCCGCCAAGUUCCACUACCUGUUCAACAUGCGCGAGCUCAGCAAGGUGUUCCAGGGCCUGAUCCUCGCCGAGCGCGACAGGUUUAAGAACGGCGUUCAGCAUCCCCCAUUUGGCGGCAACGUCAAGUCACCCGAGGGCUACCUCGUCGCGUUGUGGAGGCACGAGUGCGAGCGCGUGUUCGUGGACAAGCUCACGAGCUACGACGACAAGAACUGGACCGAUAGCUUGAUCCAGAAGAUCAUCAGCGAGACCUUCGGUGAGAAAAUCACCAAGGAGGUUGAGGAGCGCGUGUACUUUGUCGACUUUCUCCGUCCGCCCGUCGUCGACGAGCAGACGGGCGACGUCCUCGAGGCCAACCCGAGCUAUUACGAGUCAUCCGUCGAUCUGCAAAUGGUGAAAGACCUCGCGGACAAGAAGAUGGCGAUGUUCAACGAGACGUCCAAGACGGUCAAGCUGGACUUGGUGUUGUUCGAGGAUGCCCUGACGCACAUGAUGCGCAUCGCGAGGCUCCUUUCGAUGGACCGAGGAAGCGCGUUGCUUGUUGGCGUGGGCGGCUCCGGUAAGCAGUCGCUGACCCGACUCGCCGCGUACAUCGUCGGAGCGUUCACGUUCCAGAUUACAAUCUCGAAGCAGUACAAUCAGAGCGCGCUGUUCGAGGAUCUCAAGGCCCUGUACAAGGUGGCGGGCCUGAAGGGCCAGAAGGUUGCGUUCAUCUUCACCGACGCCGAGGUCAAGGAGGAAUCCUUCCUGGAAUUCAUCAACCAGAUUUUGAUGACUGGCGAGGUGGCUGGUCUAUUCCCCAAGGACGAGCUCGACAUGAUCGUCAACGACAUGCGCGCGGUGGCCAAGCGCGAGUGCCCGGAAAUGCCCGACACUUGGGAGAACCUCUACCAGCUGUUCCUGGGUAGGGUCCGCGAUAACCUCCACACCUGCCUCUGCUUCUCCCCCGUCGGCGACAAGUUUGCGACUCGAGCUCGAAAUUUCCCGGGUCUCAUCAACGGGUGCACCAUCGACUGGUUCCUCCCGUGGCCCCAGGACGCGCUCAUCGCGGUGUCGACAAAGUACAUCGGCGACUUCAGCAUGGCGUGCGGCGAUGAGGUCAAGGCGCUGCUGCAGGAGCACAUGGGUCACGUGCACACCGCCGUGACCCAGGCGUGCAAGGAGUACUUUGAGAAGUUCAGGCGCAACGUUUACGUCACCCCCAAGUCGUAUCUCUCGUUCAUCGACGGCUACCGCAGCCUCUACCAGAAGAAGCUGGACGACGUCAAUGUGCUCGCGGACAAGAUCAACAGCGGCCUGUCCAAGUUGUUCGAGGCCAAGAGCGACGUGAAGAAGAUGCAGGUUGAGCUCACGCAGAAGAACAAGGAUCUCGCCGAGGCGCAGAAAUCUUCGGAGAAGCUCCUCAAGGAGAUCUCCGCGUCCACCGCCGUGGCCGAGAAGGAGAAGGCUAAAGUAGCGGUCAUCGUCGAGGGCGUCACCGCCAAGGCUAACGAGAUCGAGGCUGGCAAGAUUGAGGCUGAGGAGGAUCUCAAGGCGGCGCAGCCAGCGAUGGAUGCGGCGCUGGAGGCACUCAACUCAAUCGACCAAAAGUCCAUCCAAAACACCAAGGCUCUCAAGAACCCUCCCGACCUUGUCAAGCGCAUUCUCGACGCUGUGUUGGUGCUGAGGCAGUACCCCAUGUCCAAAAAGGUUGCGUGGCACGAGCCGAAGAAGGGUCAGGUUGUCAUCGACGCGUCCGAGAACUGGAAGAACGUCUCCAUGGCCAUGAUGGGAGAUAACUUCCUCAACGCGUUGCUUUCGUUCCCCAAGGAACAGAUCAACGACGAGACGUGCGAGUUCCUCGACGCGUACCUCGACGCUCCGGACUUCAACUACGAGGGCGCGAUGAAGUCUGCCCAGGCUGUCGCCGGUCUGUGCAACUGGUGCGAGGCUAUGAAGACGUACCACUUUGUCGCGAAGGUUGUCGACCCGAAGAUGCGAGCGCUGCGGGAGGCGCAGGCCGUGCUCGACGACGCUAACAGGGAGAAGCAAAAGGCCGAGGACGAGCUCGCCGAGGUCCAGGCGGGCUUGGACGCCAUGCAGGCCAAGUUUGAUGAGGCCAUGGCCGAGAAGCAGCGCCUGCUUGACGACGCGGAGGCUACGCAGAAGCGCAUGGACGCCGCCACCGCGCUCAUCACGGCGUUGGCGGGUGAGGAGGUUCGUUGGACCGAGCAGUCGAAGCAGUUCGACUUACAAAUCCAGCGACUGACGGGCGACUGCGCCAUCGCGUCGUCGUUUGUGUCGUACCUCGGUCCCUUCAACAAGGAGUUUAGGGACCUGCUCAUGCAGCGUGAUUUCUACGGCGACCUCAUCAAGCGCGAGAUUCCGGUGACAGAGAAUCUGGACGUGUCCAAGUUUUUGGUCGAGGAGGCGGAGGUUGGCGAGUGGACCCUGCAGGGCUUACCCACCGAUGACAUCUCGGUCCAGAACGGCAUCAUGGUGACGCGUGCGACGCGGUACCCCGUGCUGGUGGAUCCGCAAGGCCAGGGUAUCAACUGGCUCAAGAACCGCGAGCAGGAUAAUCAGCUGCGGGUGACUUCUCUCAAUGACAAGCACUUCAGGACCGUCCUCGACGACUGCCUCUCCUUCGGCAAACCCAUGCUCAUCGAGAACAUUGAGGAGGAGCUCGACCCCGUGCUGGAUCCCGUGCUCGAGAAGAGGUUCGUCAAGAAGGGCAAGAACUUCAUCAUCCAGCUCGACAAGGAGGUUGAUUAUUCGCCAUCCUUCCAACUGUUCUGCACCACUCGCCUGCCCAACCCGCACUACUCGCCAGAGCUAUGCGCAAAGGUGACCGUGGUUGACUUCACCGUCACGCCCGUCGGCUUGGAGGAUCAGCUCCUUGCCAAGCUGAUCCUUAAGGAGAAGAAUGAGCUCGAGGUGCAGCGCCUGGGCCUGAUGGAGGAGGUGACCAAUUACAAGAAGAAGAUCAAGCAGUUGGAGGACGACUUGCUGUUCAGGCUGUCCAACUCGCAGGGUAACCUGCUGGACGACGUGGAGCUCAUCGAGGUGCUCAACAACACCAAGAUCACCGCGCAGGAGGUGAACGAGAAGCUGGCCAACGCGAGCGAGACCAACGCAAAGAUCACCGAGGCUUGCGAGGAGUACCGACCGGUGGCGCACCGGGCGACGCUCAUCUACUUCCUCAUCGCCGAGUUUGCCAGCGUCAACGUGAUGUACCAGACCUCGCUGAAGCAGUUCAAUGAGCUGUACGAGCUCGCCAUCGACAACGCCGAGCCCGCGCAGAUGCCCGCCAAGCGCAUCGUGAACAUCAUCGAUCACAUGACCUACAGCGUGUACCUCUACAUCCAGCGCGGCUUAUUUGAGCGGCACAAGCUCACCUUUGCGCUCAUGAUGACCAACAAAAUCCUCAUCAGCGCCAAGCAGCUCUCCCCCGACAACGUCAACGUUUUCCUGAAGGGCGGUGGCUCAUUGGAUAUCAAGUCAGUGCGCAAGAAGCCGAAGGAGUGGAUCCCCGAUAAGUGCUGGCUCGACGUCAAUGCGCUGCAGAAGACUGCCGCCUUUUCCGACAUCCUCGAUUCGUUUGACCGAAACGAGCCGAUGUGGAAGAAGUGGUACGACCUGGAGGCUCCCGAGCAGGUCAACGUGCCGGACUUUGAGGAUCGCAUCACCAAGUUUGAGAAGAUGAUGAUCGUUAAGGCGCUCAGGGAGGACAGGACGCAGGUUGCCGCGCAGGCGUACAUCGGCGACGCCAUCGGGCAGCAGUUUGUCGAGUCGGUGCCGCUCAACGUGGAGGCCACCUGGGAAGAGACCACGCCCUACCGCCCGGUCAUUUGCCUUCUCUCACCAGGCGCAGACCCGACGAAGCUCAUCGAGGAGCUCGCCAAGAAGAAGAAGCUCAAGCUUUCGGGCGUAUCCAUGGGCCAGGGUCAGGAGAUCAUCGCAAGGAAGCUGAUCCAGACCGCCGUGAAGAAGGGCGAGUGGGUCAUCCUUCAGAACACUCACCUCGGCUUGGGCUACAUGGCCGAGAUUGAGGUGUACCUGACCAAGGCGGAGGAGCUUCACGAGGACUUCAGGCUUUGGAUCACCGCGGAGCCCCACCCCCAGUUCCCCAUCGGCUUGCUCCAGAUGUCCAUCAAGCUCACCAACGAGGCGCCCGUCGGCAUGCGCGCGGGUUUACGCAACUCGUAUGCGUGGGUUACACAGGACAUGAUGGACGCGGUCCCGAGGUACGAGUGGCGCCAGCUGCUGUACAUCAUGUGCUACCUCCACUCCAUCGUUCAGGAGCGCAGAAAGUUCGGUCCGAUCGGCUGGAAUGUCCCGUACGAGUUCAACGCCUCGGACCUUGGCGCUUGCGUCCAGUUCCUCCAGAACCACAUAACGGAGAUGGACAUGAAGAAGCUCAACUCCCCGACGUGGCCGACGGUCACGUACAUGAUUUCCUCGAUUCAGUACGGCGGCAGGAUCACCGAUGGGUUCGACGAGCUCCUGAUGGACACGUACGCCGCCAAGUAUUUCAACCAGGGUGCGCUGACCAAGGGUAUCGAGCUGUUCCCGGGGUACAAAGUUCCCGACUCGACCGAUGUCACAGACUUCCGGGCCGAUAUCGAGGCGCUCCCUUUAACCGAGUCCCCAGAAAUCUUCGGUCUGCACCCCAACGCGGACCUUACGUUCAGAACUCUGGCUGUGAGCGACAUGGUGAGCACGAUCGUCGAUACCAUGCCCAAGUCUGGCGGCGGGGGUGGCGGAAAGUCCCCGGAGGAAAUCGUGAAUGCAAUCUGCGCCGAUCUCCUCUCCAAGGUUCCCGAGCCGUUCGUGCCCGAGAUCACCAAGGAGAUGCUGAAGAAGCUCCCCGGCGGCCCCACCCAGCCGCUCACGGUUCACCUCAGGCAGGAGAUCGACAGGUUGAACAUCAUCAUCAUCCUGGCGACAAAGACUCUCAAGAACCUUCAGCUUGCCAUCGCGGGCACGAUCGCGUUGGCGGGCGACUUGGUGGAUGCCCUUGACAAGCUGUUCAACGCCGCCAUCCCCGCGGCGUGGCUCAAGAAGUCUUGGGAGAGCGCCACGAUCGGUACGUGGUUCCAGGGCUUGCUCAUGAGGCACAAGCAGCUGGAUAAGUGGCUGAGGGAGGGCCGACCCAAGGCGUACUGGCUCACCGGCUUCUUCAACCCGCAGGGUUUCCUGACCGCGAUGAAGCAGGAGGUGAAUAGGCAACACGCUAAAGAUAAGUGGGCUCUGGACGACGUGGUGAUGACGUCGCAGGUCACUCACCCUCCAAAGGAUGUGGAGCAGCUCAAGGACGGCAUGUCUGAGGGCGUGUACGUGUACGGACUGUUCCUGGAGGGUUGCAGGUGGGACGGAAAGCAGAACAAGCUGGUGGAUUCCGAUCCGAAGAAGCUGUUCACGCCGCUCCCGGUGCUGGAGGUUACCGGAGUGUUGGGAAAAGACAAGGUCACGAAGGGCGUUUACGAGGCGCCCACGUACAGGGUGAAGAAACGCACGGGACUCAACUUCAUCUCCACGUUCCCGCUGCGAACGGAGGAUCCCCCGAGCAAGUGGGUCAUGCGCGGCGUGGCGUUGCUCUGCUCGGUGGAUUGAGGAAAUGGAUAGUCGACUUCGGCUCACGCGCGCCACGAACGCUUCUCGCGGCGCGCGUUCCGACGACGACGACGACGAAUUUAGUUUACGAGCGACCCGAACCCUUCUCAGGUGAUUUUCCAACCGAGAAGGACGUGGGGUCGCGGCUGAAACCAAUAGCGAAUAGCUCGAGUGUUAUUUAUGAUAUUCAACACUG